AUGAUGAGCUCCAAGACCCAUAUCACUGUUUUGGUUGGAGCUUCAGCUUUGUUCCUUGGCAGUGUAGACGCACACGGUUGGAUGAGUCUACCAGCAGUGACCUUCCCAAAUAACGUUGACAAGACGCAAUUUAUUGCGUCGAUCCAAUCUAGUGCUUCGGGCUUUUCCGGGUCAUUUGGUGGCUCACCGUCAGACAACGCAGCAGCGUUUUGGAAGGGUUUCAAGUCGAGCAAGUAUUCCUCUUUAAAGGAAUUCGUGACAGAGUUGGCACAAAUUGGCGUCGAUGGGGCCACUAUUGAAUGUGGACUUACCGACCCGAACGAGACUCCUCAACCACUUCCGAACGAGAUUGAGUGGACCCACAGUGAAAGUGAAGGCUUUACCCUCUCACACGAAGGUCCUUGUGAAGCUUAUUGUGACAAUACUUUAGUAUUUCAAGACAAAAACUGCCCAGCUAACUUUCCCGCUGUUCCAGCUAAACUGCCUUACGAUAAGGCGGCCUGCGCUGGUGCGAGUCGCCUAACGUUUUAUUGGCUGGCCUUGCACUCGCCAUCAUGGCAAGUUUACAUCAACUGCGCUGCACUUGAAGGUGGCAGCGGUGUGAGCUCACCUUCUUCGUCAAAUUCAACCUAUUUUGGGUCUACGGAACAGUCUGACACUCCGACAAUCGCAACUACGCCAACGACAUCACCAGCUACUCCGACGACAUCAUCGGUUACUCCGGCGACAGCACCGGUUUCUUCAACGACAAUAGCCGAUACUCCGAAGACAUCAGCGAAUACUCCGACGACAUCACCUGAUACUCCGAAGACAUCACCGGUUGCUCCGGAUACUGCGACGACAUCAGCGAAUACUCCGACGACAGCACCGGUUUCUUCGACGUUUGAUGCCAUUGCGCCCACUACUGUCAAUAGUGCUGAUCAGGAAGACGAAGAAUGCGGAUCUCUUGAUAUUGCUGGUGGUGAGGAGGAUUGUGAUUUACUGGAUAUUGCUGGGAAUUCUGUUGAGCAAACCGCGAUUCGUUCGGAAUCGUCACUUAACUUUGACAACAUUGAUGAUGGCAGCUACGUUAGUGGCAAAGUGGAAGCUGCAUACUAA